GAACUGCAUUACAAGAUGUGGUCAAGGGCUUGAUAAGGCCUUUUGUAAAGUUAGAAUUCUUGCAAGUGGUCGCUGGUUCAACUCUACAAUACUGUCCGCAUUCAUUAUUCACAAUGCCUGCAGUUGGAAAUAUUUUGUCUGGAAGGGAGAUUUCCAAAGCUAUCCAGAAUGAGUUGCAAGAAGAAGUAAUAACUCUGAAAGAAAAGCAUCCAGGUUUUGAACCUAUGUUGGCCAUUGUACAGGUUGGUGCUAGAGAAGAUUCCAAUGUAUAUAUUAGAAUGAAAAAGAAAGUUGCAAAUGAUAUCGGUGUAUCAACUAAACAUAUUCAACUACCAAGAACAGUUACAGAGAGAGAGUUAUUAUCCGAGGUCAACAAACUGAAUGAUGAUCCUCUUGUUCAUGGAAUUAUAGUACAGCUUCCUCUUGACUGUGAUACUCCUAUAAAUGCUGCUCAGAUUACAAAUGCAAUUUCUCCAAGCAAAGAUGUUGAUGGGUUGCAUGAUGUAAAUGCAGGAAAACUUUCUCAUGGUCAGUUAGAAGGUUUCUUUAUAGCCUGCACACCAAUGGGAUGCUUAGAACUAAUAAAGAGAUCUGGUGUCUCCAUAAAAGGGAAGCGAGCAGUUGUCAUUGGCCGAAGCAAAAUUGUAGGCAUGCCCAUGGCACAACUUCUAAUUUGGCAUCAUGCUACAGUUACAGUAUGCCAUUCAAGAACUGAAAAUCUCAAAGAUGUGGUUAGGGAAGCUGAUAUAAUAGUUGCAGCUGUAGGCCAAGCCCAACUGGUAAAAAAAGAUUGGGUCAAACCUGGUGCAGUUGUUAUAGAUUGUGGAAUAUCAAGUAUUCCAGACGAAACUAAGAAAUCAGGUUCAAGACUAGUUGGGGAUGUAGAUUUUGACGAAGUAAAAGAGGUAGCAUCAUAUAUAACUCCAGUGCCAGGUGGUGUGGGACCUAUGACUGUUAUUAUGUUAGUAAAAAACACUGUACAGGCUGCAAAACGGGCAUUGUUUGGAAAAGAAAAAGCUUAAUGUGCAUAUCUUGACAAGGAAAAGUGUGAAUUUUAGAUGUGUUUGACAGCAGUUUUUCCAACAGAAUAAUCUACUUAAAUAAAUUUUUAUGAAUUGAAAAAUAAAACCUUUACCUCAAUA